GGCUGCAUAAAGGCAGUUGGCAUCGCCAUCAGCGAUCUUUCCAGUCGCAUGUUGAAGUUGGGUACGGAUCAUGUCUAGCGAUUCUGCUGAUUACAACAGCUCAAAAGAUAGAGACCAUGGGGGGCCAGAUGGAAUGGAGCCUGAUGGUGUCAUCGAGAGCAACUGGAGCGAGAUCACGGACAACUUUGAUGAUAUGAACCUGAAGGAGACUCUUCUCAGGGGAAUAUAUGCAUAUGGUUUUGAAAAGCCAUCUGCCAUUCAACAAAGGGCAAUCAUUCCUUGCAUCAAAGGAUAUGAUGUCAUUGCCCAGGCCCAGUCAGGCACUGGCAAGACGGCCACGUUUGCCAUCUCUAUCUUGCAGCAGCUGGACAUUGAGCAGAAGGAGACUCAGGCUCUGGUGUUGGCUCCCACCAGAGAGCUGGCUCAGCAGAUCCAGAAGGUCAUUCUGGCUCUGGGUGACUACAUGGGGGCAGCCUGCCAUGCCUGCAUUGGAGGGACCAAUCUCCGUAGUGAAAUACAGAAGCUCCAGGCUGAGGCCCCCCACAUAGUGGUGGGCACACCUGGACGUGUAUUCGACAUGCUUAGCAGAGGACACCUGUCCCCAUCAUGGAUCAAGAUGUUUGUUCUGGAUGAAGCCGAUGAGAUGUUGAGUCGAGGGUUCAAGGAUCAGAUCUAUGAGAUCUUCCAGAAACUGAGCACAAACAUUCAAGUGGUCCUGCUUUCUGCCACCAUGCCAGCAGAGGUGUUGGAGGUGACCAAGAAGUUCAUGCGAGACCCCAUUCGCAUCUUGGUGAAGAAAGAAGAGCUUACUCUUGAGGGUAUCAAGCAGUUCUACAUAAAUGUGGAGCGAGAGGAGUGGAAGCUGGACACCCUGUGUGAUCUGUAUGAAACACUGACCAUCACCCAGGCUGUCAUCUUCCUCAACACUAGGAGAAAAGUCGACUGGUUGACUGAAAAGAUGCAUGCUAGAGACUUCACUGUCUCUGCUCUGCAUGGAGAUAUGGACCAGAAGGAGCGAGAUGUGAUUAUGAGGGAGUUCAGAUCUGGCUCAAGCAGAGUGUUGAUCACUACUGAUCUUCUGGCUCGUGGCAUUGAUGUCCAGCAGGUUUCCCUGGUCAUUAACUAUGACCUUCCUACAAAUCGAGAGAACUACAUUCAUAGAAUUGGUCGUGGUGGCCGUUUUGGCAGAAAAGGAGUUGCUAUCAACUUCGUCACCGAGGAGGACAAGAGGAUUCUUCGAGACAUUGAGACGUUUUACAAUACAACUGUGGAGGAGAUGCCUAUGAAUGUGGCUGACCUGAUUUGAGCCCUGACAUUUCGUUUAAAAAAAAAAAAACGCAGUGAUAGCGAUCGUCCACUUGCAUUGUGCUUAUA